CGGCGCGGCUGUACCGGGCCGGGGAGGACCCGCUGAGCGUGCUGGCGGCCGGCACGGUGCGGCGGGCGCUGCUCAACUCCUCGGCCGCUUGGGUGGUGCAGUUCUACAGCUCGUCUUGCGGACACUGCAUCGCCUUCGCCCCCACCUGGCGGGCCCUGGCGGGGGACGUCAAAGACUGGGAGUCUGCAAUUAGAAUUGGUGUGCUGGAUUGCGGGGAAGAAGAGAACUAUGAGACGUGUAAGGAGUAUGGCAUUCACUUUUAUCCAACUUUUAGGUUCUUCAAAGCGUUUACAAAGCAGUUUACAACCGGAGAAAAUUACAAAGCAGGAGCAGAUCGUGAGCUGCAAACAGUUCGCCAGAUGAUGAUUGACUUCUUGCAGAACCAUUCCCAAGAGUCAAGACCUCCUGCUUGCCCACCAUUGGAUCCAGUUUCGUCCAGUGAUGUUACUUCUCUCUUCGACAAGAAAACCUCUCAUUAUACUGCUGUUGUGGUUGAAAGUAAUAACUCCUAUGUUGGACGAGAGGUUAUUUUAGAUUUGAUCCAGUACGAAAGCAUUGUUGUAAAGAGAGCGCUGAAUUUUGAUAAGUCUUUCCUAGAGAAACUUGGUAUCACCUCAGUCCCUUCAUGCUACCUGGUGCAUCCGAAUGGAUCGCAUGGGUUAGUUAACAGUCUGAAGCCCCUGCGGUCUUUCUUUUCUUCGUAUUUGAAGUCACUGCCAGGUGUAAGGAAGAAACUUCUUUCACCACUUGAGCUACCUGCUAAAGAAAACAAAGAGGAGAGCACAGAGAUCAAGCCGUGGAAGGAGUUUGAUAAAUCGAAGCUGUACAUGGCUGACCUUGAAUCUGGAUUGCAUUACCUGUUCCGGGUAGAGCUUGCUACGCACAAGAUGCUUGAGGGAGCUGAGCUAAAGACCUUCAAGGAUUUUGUUACCAUCUCUGCCAAGCUUUUUCCUGGCCGUCAGCCUGUGGUGAAGUUGUUAGAGACCUUGCAAGAGUGGCUGGUGAGCCUUCCAUUAGACAAAAUCCCUUAUGAUGCUAUUCUAGAUCUGGUCAACAACAAAAUGCGGAUUUCUGGGAUAUUUCUCACUAAGAGAACAGAGUGGGUUGGAUGUCAGGGCAGCAGGCCGGAGCUCAGAGGCUAUACUUGUUCCCUUUGGAAGCUGUUUCAUACCCUAACCGUGCAGGCUGCGCUGCGACCAACAGCUUUGAUAAACACAGGUCUUGAGGACAAUCCCCAAGUAGUGCUUCAGAUCAUGCGAAGAUACAUUCGUCACUUUUUUGGAUGCAAGGCUUGUGCUCAGCACUUCGAGGAAAUGGCCAAGGAAUCCAUGGACUCGGUGCAAACCCUGGACAAGGCUGUUCUCUGGCUCUGGGAGAAACACAAUGUAGUAAAUAACAGACUUGCAGGUGAUUUGACGGAAGACCCAAAAUUUCCCAAAGUUCAGUGGCCAACUCCAGACCUCUGUCCCGCGUGUCACGAGGAAAUUAAAGGCUUACACAGCUGGAACGAGGCCCAAGUCCUGCAGUUCAUGAAGCAUCACUACGACAGUGAAAAUAUUCUGUAUAGAUACACCGAGAGCCAGACUGACUCCAGUGAAAAUGAACUAAAAGAUACAAGGGAGGAGAAAGACAAAAGCCUGCUGGAGAAACCGGGUGGAAACAGAGAAAACGUGGUCCUGAACCAAGAAAACAGAAGAGAUUCAGAAUCUAAGCUGUUCAAUAAGCUAAUAGGGAACCACAGACCUGCCAAGGACAGCGGUAAAAGUGCGUUUGAGUCCGUUCACCAUCAGGAGAGCAGGCAGUCUGUCAUUUUCUUAGGGAUUGGAUUUUCCAACAUAGACAUGAGUCUGUGUGUCGUCCUGUAUGUGGCAUCGUCCUUGUUUUUGAUGAUCAUGUACUUUUUUUUCCGCAUGAGGUCGAAGCGGUGGAAGGUGAAGUAUUAUCGCUCGUCUGUCUAAGAGCUUACAUUGGAAGCACAGGUUUUUUUUGUUGUUGUUGUACGUGGCUGUUCAGUACCAGAUAACAGCUUUUAAUAUUUAUGAUCAGGGAUUUUAUAUACAAUACUCCUUGUUUUAAAACCCUUUCUUCCCAAGUCAUUUCACGAGUGUUCUAGCUUAAUAUGUGGCGCUUGCUGUAAGAUCCCAAACCUUUCACUCUGAGGCUCACAGUGCUGUCACCCACUGAAGGAAGUGUUGCAUUUUUCAGUGAGGAUCUUUCCGUGACCUACAUCAUUUACUCAUUUGCAAAGUAAGCAUGACAUAAUGCAAUCGGCUGGGGCUGGUUUUGGAAAGAAACUGGAUAUUGUUUUGUGCACAUCAAGUCGGAUUUUUUUUUUUAGAUUUAUGCAGAACUCGUUUUACCUACCAGAGGUGGUCAUGAGAUCUACUUUAAAUCAAUUCUAAGCCUCCGUGGCUUUCUCAAGUGUUACUCACACUGCGUAUAUAGAGUAGAAAGCAUUAUGUCUUCAAGCAAGUCUUCCAUGCCCUCGUGUUGCAGGCAAGGAUGUGCAUGCCUCUGUGAGGACGGGAGGCCUGGGGCAGGGUGCAUCUCUGCAUGCAGCCCGAUCGUGUUUGCUGAUGCAAACUCCAUGUAAUGGAGUUCAGGUGUAAGCAACAACCAACUCAGACCUGGUAUUUUAUGUGCUCCUCUGUUGGAUGCAUUAACAGGGCAUGAGGUGACUCACUCAUUUCUGAACUGGAGGAGCAACGAAGUAGUGAAUGUGGUGUUAGCUGGGUGCUGAUUCUGGUGGACUCCCGCAAAGGGAAACACCAUUUUUAGUGAAGGAAACUGAAGCUGUAUGCAUCGGCAUGCCAGAGCCAAUGCAUAGAUCUAGAAAUACUAAAUCUCUUCUGGUGCUGAGUGGUUCCGUUGCGUUACAGCAAUUGUUCUUCCUGUCAGUCAGCACUGAUGCUUCAUUCGGUGCCGCCGGUUCUGGGCUCAGAGCAGUGUCACCUGCUGGCUGUGAGGGUGUCUGUGCAUGACCUAGAGCAGCCAGCUUCUGUUGUUCCUGUGCUGGAGAGCUCUGCUGUGUGGGUCAGGGAGGGUUUUAACUGUAGGUAGGUCCAAGAGCUCGUCAGUUCCGGGAUGUGGCAGCAAUUUGGGAGUAUGGCGAUUGCCGGUACGGAUCUGCCAGGGAUCCUAACUGACAGCUAUUAGAAGAAGGCAUGAAAACAGUUAGAAAAUUACCAUUCAGAAUAGGAGUUCCUUUCUGAUCCUAGCUGUGGAGGAUAAUUCAUGUUCUGGAUAGUGAAGUUUAUAAUCCUAUCCAAUGUAAUUGAGCAUGUUCUAGUUAUCCAUUACCUAAUCUUUAGUUAAUCCUAAUAGGUUUUGGCCUUAAUGUUUUCUUGUGGCAGUGAGUUCUACAGAUUAAUUAUGUUAUAUAAAAAGGCUUUUCCUUUCAAUUCUGCAUUUCCAACUUUUAAUUUAAUUGAACGUUCACCAGCUCUUCUGUUACAGGAGGAGUGAGUAGUCCCUGGCCAAUUCAUUCCUGGAUAUGUACUGGUGUGUGUCAGCCUCUUCUUUCCAUUGUACGUCCCAGCAUCAAAAGCUUCAAGCUCAGCUAAAAAAAAAAAAAAAAAAAAAAAAGGUCUAAAAUUGAAUGCAAAAAUACAGAUAAGAGAUCUUUUCAUCACUGAACCUGUUUAUUUACAAAAUGGAGUUUUUGACAGGUUUUUCUGCAGCUUCAAACUCUGAUAAUAGAACUGAACCAGACGACUGUUCCUUGUUCCUUUUAAGUGUCAGAAUAACUUACAGGUAAGGUCACAACCCCGUGUAGUUGUUGUAAACAUGUCAGAGGACAAAUUCUCUGUUCGUGUGGCUCUGAUGUUCCGUGCACAUGAGGGGGAGCGUUACCUGCAGCCCUGCCCAGCCACCCAUGCAAUGUGGGCUCUGUGCCUGCAACUGGGCACCUUCCCAUGGCCACGCUCUGUGUCCAUGGAGCUGGGAGCUGCCAUGAAGGACAGAGGGACAUGAGUGUCUCCCUGCUGGGAGGCAGCUUCUAUGUAUGGCCUCCUGCGAAUGCUGCUCUCCUUUUUGAACCCGCAGCAUCAAACCUGCUUUGUGAGAAGCCUUGCUGUUGGAGAGCUCUGGUGCAAGGAGCCCUUGUGGGUCUCUUUUCUUUAGAAAUUUGUGAGUGUCCCUGUGAUUAUAGAACCUGGGUUUGAUCAUUGAAACAACUUGUAAGCAACUAGAAGGAUAGUUAACCAGAGGUGGGUGUUGUCUGGAUGGGUUGAUCUGUGCUUGGAGCUGGCAUCCUGUGGGAGGUCCCGGGAGGAGCUGAGCUGGUGGCAAGGCCCAGACUUGCUAUAUUUAAGCUUGAAAAUUGGUUCACUUCUAACUGAUCUGAUCUGGGGAGAUCUUGGUAUCAGCCAACAGUCAAAGUUGUUUUGCUUCUUAGAACCAAGCAAAAAACUGAACUAAAUCUAGAGGAGCAGUAAAAGGCAGCGCAGGGAGCACCAGCUCUGGAAGAUGCGCCCGGUUUCCAUGGGACUGCUGGGCUUGCUGCUGUCAGUGUCAGUGCACGUUCUGAAGCAGAGCAGUAUUUAGUGCUGUUCAGAACUUACUGAAUGCAUUACAGAGCCCAGUGUGUUUGACUCAUUGAUUGGAUUUUCAUCUGCAAAGGAAAACAAAAGGCAGUGAUGGUUUGUAGCGGUGAUUCUGCCAUCGGAACAGCAGCAAAUGUGUUGGAAUAAGGUUAUGUUUUGGUACAUACCAACAACUUUCAUGACAAAAUGAACAGACGCAGCUUUGCAGUGGUGAUUUUUGGUUCUUAUAAGCAUAAAAGCAUGACAUGGAGGUGUCUGUUAUCCGUGUUGGAGCUCCUGCUCGGUGUUGCCUCUAUACUAGCUCAGGCUUUCCCUUGAAUUGCUGUUAGUGCCCUCAUCUGGAAAGGUCGUCUUGACUUUGAACUCAGUUGUGUCAAUCUUGGUUUACUUAUUUUGUGUCUUUGUCAUGACAAAUGUUCUCCUUUCGUGCCCUUGGAUUGUAAACACGGGUUACAUGUGCUGCGAGGUGUCACACAGCGUCUCCUCUCUUACCAUGCUUCCCACCGUCCCCUUGGUCCUGAGACUUCUGUUUCUGUGCCGUGUAACAAGUUUCUGCAGUGCCACUUUCAUCUGUGCAUCACACCGUCCUCGGAGCAGCCGUUUCCAGCCAGGAUUUGUGGCCCUUCGUGAUUGAUGGAGCCUUCUUCGCUCUUCAGAUGUUUGUGAAGAGGAAACACUGGACCUGCAUAGAGGGAGAAGGAGAAGGUCGAGUGCUGAAGAACCCCAGUGACGUUAUUCCCAAGAGCUCUGGUUUUGAAUGGCGGUGUGAUCCAUGCCCUUACUGCUCAGAACUGGCUGGGAACUGCGAGUGGAACAAAAGCUUCCCGCUGUAUUUUCUCUGUGCAUCACGUAGGAGAUGUUGAGGAUAAUGGAUGUAACAGUUCAGUUAUUUAAACGCUUUAUUUAUUUCAAUUCGGUGACUUGACAUUUUCAUGUCUGUUCUGUUGGGGAGGGGUUAAAGUCUAAGAAGGAGAAGCGAACGUUUUGUAUGAAACUGUAAACUGAUGUGCUUGUAAAAAUACAGACAUUGGGCAAAGUG